CCUUGGUGUAGCUUAUUUUUAUCCCAACAAAGGCACAUCUUAGAUCUCCUGCACAAAACUGGAAUGGCUGAUGUUAAGCCCAUCUCUACACCUAUGGCUUUUGCUGCAUCCUCUCUCAAUUCUAUUAGCAUGGCCUUCUCUGAUGGCACUGAUUAUCGACAAGUGUUUAUGCAUUGUCCCACAGAUACUCACUGGCAGGUCACUAAGCAUGUGUUGCGCUACUUAAAACGUACUUCUUGUCACAGUCUGCUUUUGUGCCCUCAGUCUUCCCUUUUGCUGCAUGCAUUUUCGGAUACUGAUUGGGUUGGCGAUCGUGCUACUUGUGUCUCUACCAUUGGUUAUAUUGUUUUUCUUGGGUCUAAUCCUAUUUCUUGGCAUGCCACAAAGCCAAAGGCUGUUGCAUGUAGCUCUACAGAAGCAGAAUACCACGCCUUAGUUGCCACUACAUUUGAACUUCUAUGGGUUGGCAAUUUGCUCUCGGAACUAGGGGUCCCUGUUUUGGCUUCUCUUGGUAUCUUUUAUGAUACGUCAGUGCCACCUAUCUCAGUGUGAAUCCUGUGCUUCAUUCACAUAUGAAACACAUUGCCAUCGAUCUACAUUUCAUUCGUGAUCUGGUUGACAAGCAGCUUCUUCAUGUCUCUCACAUUUGCUCUCAUGAUCAGUUAGUUGAUGGUUUGACCAAACCAUUAUCUUCCACUCGUUUUCAGCGCUUAAGGUCUAAGAUCGGAAUCAAAAAUGGCUCGUCCAUCGUGCAGGGGCAAUAUUAAGGAAUAUAAUCUUUCUCAUUAA